AUGAAGCUAAUUUUUGUACUCCUGGUAUUUAUUAUAUACCUGUCGAAUAAGAAUUAUCAAACUGGUGGGUUUUCUUUUCAAGAAGAAUACGAGUCAUACAGUAGCUGUAGUGCAGAUGACCAUGGAUCAGAACUAAACAUCUUGGAUCAGUCACAUUGGAUUAGUGAAAUAUCAGAGCAGUCCACUCUAAUUCCGUAUUCAAAAAUAUUUUAUACCUACAUUUUUCAACCAAUUUUUGAAAAUGACCAACCAAAUGAAAAAAAUUCUGCAUUUUUUAGCUUCUUUUUAAAUAAAGUCACUUUUGCUAUAUGUCUAUUGAUUUGGUCAUGCAUUCUUUUCAUUGCUUGUGGUACCGUUGCUGAUACCUAUAUUUCCUCCCUAAUGAUUAAACUGGCUGAAUGUCUAAGUUUGUCAGAUACUUUUGCAGGAUCUACGCUUUUAGCAUUUAGUAAUGCAGCUAGUGAUGUUAUUCUGGGAAUUAUUAGUGUAUCUAUUGGUGAAAAAGAUGCAAUAGAUGUAUUUCUUGGGGAUGUUAUUGGUGCAUGCUUAUUCAUAAUUUUGGUCGUUUUUGGAUGUGUAAUGGUUUUCUCAAAGAGUAGUGAAAAUGUGAAUUAUAUCAAUAUUCCCAUUUUUAAUCAUCUUAGAGAUACUAUAGCACUUACAAUUGGGUUGAUUCAACUACUUAUAAUCAAUCACCUUGGAUUUAUUAGUUCGAAAAUAUCUUUCAUUCCAUUAAUUGCUUAUGGAUGUUAUGUCCUUCUGCUUCAAUGGAGUGAAAAAUCUGCAUCACUCUCAAUGCCAGUGAACCUCACCAUUAAAGAGGAAUAUAUUGGACCAGUAUAUGAACAGGUAACUGAUUCAGAUGAGGCAAAAGGAGAGGGCAAGCUGAGCCUUAGAAAUGCUACUUUAACAGGUGAAUUUCAGAAUUAUCGCUCUUCUAAUACUAUUCAAUCAGUUCUUCCGAUACCUUUUACACCACCAGAUUUUAUUAGAGAUGUUCAAAAGAUCGAUCGAGGAAAUACACCAGAUUUAGAGAUCCCUCCAAUUAAGUUAUCUUUCUCAAACUUACAAUUUUCUUAUGAUGAAAAAAAUCAUCUUUUAGAAAAAGGAACUGUUAUUAAUAGUGAUAUUUACUGGGACAGAAUUGGGUCUAAGUCUAGAAGUAUUAAGAAGACCCUUCUCUUGCUCACCCCAACUCAAUCUCCUUCUCCUAGCCUAACCAAUGAUGAAUUAAGUGGUAGAGUCCUUACUCCUUCUUCAAAUCAUGGGAUUUGCAGGGAUAAAGAUAAUGAGGAUUUUGAAAAGAUAUGUGGUAGUAAUAAUGCUCCAUCUAACAGGUUUCCAGUUCCUCAGAGAGAUUCAUUCAGAAAUCCUCCUAACAGAGAGAAAAAUUACACAAAUACUCUUGAGCUUCCAAAUCCUUGGAAUGCUCAAAAUCACAGAUCAAAAUCUCCUGUUUACUCACAACCCCCACUUUCCCAGUUCAAAAAUGAUCAGGCAAAUCAAAUCAGUAAUAUCCCUCCAAUUUUAAUAUCCGAUUCUCACCAAAAUAGCAAUCCCUCAGCUACUUCAUCAUCUUCCUGCUCUAACCUUGGGUCAAGCCUGCUUCAAAAUAACGGGAGCAAUAGAUCUAGUUCUCAAUCACAGCUUGUACUAGUUAGCGAUGACUAUGCAGUUAGGCUUUCUAGAAAUCUUUCAAUGAGUGAGGUAGUCUAUCAAACUGAAUCACUACACAAUUCACUUUUACCUCCCCCAGCUCAUGAGGAGAAUGUCCUUAAGCUCCAAAAAAGAGGAAGACAGAGAAUAAGAGAUAACAGACACAUUAGAGAUGAUCUUACUCAUUUCCCAGCACUAAAGCUUGAAAUUCCACAAUCAAACGAAAGAAGUCAAGGAGUUUUUCGAAAUAUGAGCUUUAAUACGGACUUUGAAGGACUUAUGGAUGGAUUCUUCGAAUUCUGUGACUUCAUUAGACAGCUUCUUAUGACUCCUAUCAUGUUUAUCUUAUAUUUAACUGUUCCUUCUCCAUCACUGAGAAGAUCAGUACAAAUUAUGCAACCUUUAUUUAUUGUUUUAGCUGUUGGAUUUGAGAAGAAGAUUUAUACCAAACAUCCACUAUUCUAUCUGAUUGCUCUUCUUCUCGCAUCGAUCAUCUCUUUGGUACUCUUCUUCGUAUAUACUUGCCUCCUUAACACUGAAAAUGGUGAUCAAGCUGAUGAAGAUGAUUUAAAAGACAACCCUCAAAACUGCCAAUUUUCUCGAGUUAGGUCUUUUUCCAAUAUUAAACUUCCAGAAGUACAUCUUUCAGUUAAAGCGAGGAAACUUAUUAAAAAUUUUUUAAUGUAUUGUGACAUGUUCUUUGGUAUCAUUAUGUCAAUCUAUUGGAAUGGAGUUCUCGUAAACGAGCUUGUUGAAUGCAUUAGAAUCAUUGGACUCACUCUUUGGAUUAAGCCAGCAAUUCUUGGUCUUACAAUUGUUGCAAUGGGUAACUCAAUUGCAGACCUUUUUGCUAAUGUAGCAGUUUCCAGAGCAGGACAUGCACAUAUGGGGCUUGCAGGUUGUUAUGGGGCAUGCGUAUUUCUACUUUUAUUUGGAUUUGGAAGUUCUGUAUUUGUUAGAGCAAUUCAGCUUGGAUUUUCAAAAGAUAUCCAUCUACACUUUGAGUCUCAAAUCAUUACAGCUACUUACCAACUAUUGUACUUCCUUCCUAUAUCUGCAUUGGUUGUAGUACUUUCUAAGGGAAGAGUUCACCGUAUUUGGGGUUUGAUAUUCAUUCUUUACUUUGUCGUUUGCAUGUCUUUCAUUCUAAAAGGAGCUAUUUAG